CUCGUCUUCAUCCAGGGGGGCCUGGGGAGCGGCGAUGGGGUAACUGCAGGCCAGCAGCUGAGGUCUCGGGCCUCUGGGCAGACAGGGAAGAAGGACCGGAGAGCCCGGGGCCGGAAGAAAGGCCAUGGCUUCAUGGAGAAUGCUGUCCCAAGGAGGCCCUCCUUCCCCUUUCAGUGGGCCUGGGAAAGCGUCACCACAGACAGCCGGACGCUGCUGCACCCCCAUGGCCCCUCCAUGCCAGGCCACCAGAUGCUGCUCCCCGGCCCCUUGCACAAGGCCCAGCGCAAGGCUGCUCUCCCAGGGCCGUCCUUCUGGAGGGGCAAGGGGCCCGGCCAGGGGCAGAGGCGGCGGCAGGGGGCCUGGGAGCACAGCCCUGUGCCAGCCACCUCCUCGGGGCCGGAGCCAACCGGGAAGUGCCCAGAGCCAGGAUCCGAGUGUGAGGAAGUCAGUGAGCUGGAAGAUCUGGGUGCCGAGGAGACCGAGGGGGCUCUGAGCCCUCAGGAACUGCCCCAGUUCCCCAAGACGGACUCCAUCAUGGAAGAAGAGUCAAUAGUGGAGGCCAUAGAGGAGGCCGAGGACGAGGAACACGAGGAGCCCCACAGGAGGACGACCGGCUCUGAGAUGAAGGGCGCCACCUCAGGGGACGAGGCCUGUCAGGAGGAGAGCAGCUAUGGCCCCAGGCUCCUCCAGGGCCCCCGGGAGAGCAGGGCCCACGCCCGGGAGCUACAGGGGCCAUGGAACCUCGAGGAGCUUCAGCAGCAGCUAGAGCAGCACAUGGAUGCCAGCCCUGAAAAGCAGCGUGGGAAGGCACCAAGGACCACCGCCCAGGCUCCCAACAAGGGCACCAAGUGGCACACCCUGGGAGAUGAAGAGGCAGCCCCCUUCACCAGUCCCUCCAACCGCACCUCCCACAAACGUCAAGAGGCCACCAGGAGCCUGCUGCAGGCCUGGGAGCGGCAGUGGCGGGAAGAGCGGCAGCAGGCCGAGCUGCGCAGGGCCCGGGAGCAGCGGGUGCAGCAGCAGGUGGCUCGCUGCCUGGCAGCCUACGCACCCAGAGGGGCCCGGGGCCCGGGGGCCACUCAGCGCCGGCUGGAGGAACUGAAGCGUCAGGAACGGCAGCGCUUUGCAGAGUACAAGGCAGAGCUGCAGGACAUCCAGCACCGCGUGCAGGCCCGGCCCUACCUGUUCCAGCAGGCCAUGCAGACCAACGCCCGGCUCACCAUGACCCGGCGCUUCUCGCAGGUGCUGUCCUCGCUGGGGCUGGACGAGGAUCAGCUGCUGACCGAGGCAGGCAAGGAGGACACGGAGGGUGGCUCCAGGAAGUCCAGGAGCCACAAGUCAACAAAGGUGAAAAUACAACACUCUUCGCAGAGCCCCCCAAGGACAGAGCCCAACAGAUACCUCACCUCAAGUCUAGACUCAGACUCAACUGGAGAAAAAGAUUAAAACGAAGUUUUGUGGAAAAA